CCAAAUGGGGGUGUGACAGCCCGCUGUCACAACACCCACCCCUAAUCCGCCCUGACAAUUGCUCUCUCAUAGAUCUGACCUUAAUCGUACAAGUAUCAUACCUUUCAAAAUGAUGCAUUUCCAAUUGUUUAGGCUCGUCCCAACUUAUGCCUAAAUUCUAAAAGAAUAUUCUUGUUGUUUUUCGUAAAGAAUCGAUCUCUCAGAACCCUUUUUGGGAUUUCAAUUUUAGGGUUUUGAGAGAUUUGUCUUCAUACAGACCCGUCAAUGGCCUCUUUUCGUUCUCAGACUCAGUCGUUCGGUCAAACAGAGAUUAAUUGGGACAAGCUUGAUAAAACUAAGUUUUAUGUCAUAGGAGCUGGAAUAUUUACUGGGAUUACAGUAGCACUAUAUCCUGUUUCUCUGCUAAAGACCAGGAUGCAGGUUGCUUCAAAGGAUGUUGUUGAUAGAGAUGUAUUUUCCCUUAUAAGAGUCAUAUUGAGAACUGAUGGAAUCCGUGGGUUAUAUAGAGGUUUUGGCACAGUCAUCACUGGUGCAAUUCCUGCCAGGAUUAUAUUCCUGACUGCUUUAGAGACCACAAAAGUGGCUGCUUUCAGGUUUGUUGAACCAUUUAAAUUAUCAGAACCAACAGAGGCGGCUAUAGCAAAUGGAAUUGGCGGCAUGUUAGCGUCACUUUGUUCUCAGGCUGUGUUUGUUCCAAUUGAUGUGGUUAGCCAAAGAUUGAUGGUGCAAGGAUACUCGGGCCACGCAAGCUAUAAUGGGGGACUUGAUGUUGUUCGCAAGGUUUUGAAAUCGGAUGGCAUUCGGGGACUGUAUAGGGGGUUUGGUCUAUCAGUCAUGACUUAUUCUCCAUCUAGUGCUGUAUGGUGGGCAAGUUAUGGUUCAAGCCAACGCUUAAUCUGGAGUUUCUUGGGUCAUGAUACUGAACGUGAGAAAUCUGCUCCUAGCCAAUGGACAAUAGUCGGUGUUCAAGCUGCAGGAGGGAUAUUUGCUGGUGCCACAGCAUCUUGUAUCACAACACCAUUGGACACCAUCAAGACUCGCUUACAGGUCAUGGGACAUGAAAAGAGACAUACCAUAAGACAAGUUGUUAAAGGAUUGGUUGUCGAUGAUGGCUGGAAAGGUUUAUACAGAGGACUCGGUCCAAGGUUUUUCAGCAUGUCAGCAUGGGGAACCUCAAUGAUUCUUUCCUAUGAAUAUUUAAUUUCACAUUAAAAGAUCUAUUUGUGGCUCAAAUGUUGUGCAAAUCAUAUGGAGUUGUUACAUUUCUAAUGGACAUCCAGUAGAAGCUUUAUAAAGAUCUCACUUUUACGCACUAUAUAAAGCAAAUAUAUGAGCACUUGAUCAUACGAGUUUUUCUUUUCUUUUCUUUUUUGUUGGAGGGGGCCUGUUUGUCAAAUGAAAAUGACUGGUUGCGCGAGAGGUAGCUCUCGGCUUACCCCAAAACUCUUCAAAUUUGGAUGAAGAUGGAAAUCAAUCCCAAUCCUCUAGUAUGACUACUGAUAGAUUUUAUUACUAGUUAGGCUUAGCUGACACCUUCAAACAAAUAUUUACAAUGAACCUAUAUGUUUAUGUGUAAAGGUUAGAAUGUUUGUUGUUAGCUAUCCACAUGUAUAUACACAAGCAUUUACUUUAUGCACUUGAUUUGUUCCUAUAGCUUAGCAGGCGUUGUUAUUUCCUAAUGUUUCCCUUUAAAAUCAAGAUUUUUUGAAAGAUAUUUUCCUUCACUAAUUACUUUUUUAUGGGGUUUUUUUUAGUUUUUAUUCCACAAGAUGUAGAGAAUAUUUCUUGGUCUAUUAAUUAAUCUUUGGCAUAUGAAUUCUCCUAGCUAUCUGGUUGCAGCAUAUAUGCUGCUUGUUCAUGCUCUAUGCAGACUAAUUGAGGAGUCAUUGCAUUCUAGUUAUCAUCAAACUCAACAUAAGCAUGCUUCGUAGCGUUUAUUCUAUUUGCUAAUCUAGCUUAUCGAGAAGAAAGUU